AUGGCGGGAAUUAAAAAGAAAGUGAAAUCUCUGGCUGAACAGGUUUCUGAGCUUGAAGAUCCAACUCCAAAAGAUUUCGAUCCCGAAGAUCAGAGCGAUUACGGACAAACGAGCGACGAGGAUCAAUUAUCAGGAGAUGGAAAUGGAGUUGAAUAUACUGGGCGCGAGCAUUACGAAGCUGUUGGCAAAAGCAAGCUCCGCAAACCGGUCCCGGUUGAGCUUGGGCGCGAAUACGAAGGCUCUCGUGUUGAUAGAAAUGCUUUAAAUGCGGUCGACUAUGAUCAUGACUCCUUUGGCUCCGCAGAUAGCGAGGAAGGGCUUGAGGAAGACGAUAUGUCUGGGCUAGAUGACGGCAGCGGAGAUGAUGAUGAUGACGAUGAUGACGACGAAGAUGGGGAUGAAAACGACGGAACGGAAAACAUGGAUGGCAUAGAUGAAGAUCUCGGAAGUGAAGAUGGAGUUGAGGACAUGGAGAGCGAAGAAUCAGGGGAUGACGAGGAAGACGAGGAGAAGCCUCCCUUGCGGAAAAACAAUCAUUUCGACGAGAGGGAAGAAUUACGUCGACUUAUGGCCUCCGAUCAUAAAGUCGUUGCCGCAUCUAUAUCCCAAGCGGCCAAGGCAGACGCCGCAAAGGGUGCGGCGGUCAAACGACAACGACGUGCCUUUGAUGCACUUUUAAACAGCCGCAUCAGACUACAGAAAGGUCUUACCUCGCUCAAUGACCUGCCCUCUGAGCCUGAGGUGGAUCCAAACAUGCAUGAGCAAUUAAUCACAUCCGCCGAAACUGCUGCAGUCUCGCUAUGGAAUGCUCUGGACGACUUGCGCCAUGCCCUCGCCGACUCCCGUUCCAAAGAUGCCUCCUCCAGAAAACGCAAACGCACACCGAUCACCAUAGAUACCCCCUCCACAGUCAUCUGGAGCCAAAUGAACGAUUUCGAAACCAAGUCCCUCCCUCAUCGCCGUGCCAUCCUUGACAAAUGGUCCAUCAAAGCCCGCGGCAUCCGCGCCGCCCUCCCAUCAAACCAAAACAAGCUUCUGACCACCCAAUCCGACCGCCAGACCAUCACCGCUGUUCUAGACGCCCAUAUCGCCACUGAAACUGCGGCUACCACUGCAAAUAUCGGCCGCCCUGAGGACCCCAAACCUCAUCGAACUAUCUACGACGACACCGCCUUUUACCAAUCCCUUCUUCGCGACCUGGUCGAACAGCGAAUGACCUCGUCCUCCUCCACUGCGGCCAUCGACUCCCAGCUCCCCUCUCGUUUAACAGGCCUAUCCAUUCACCCUACAACCGGCAUGCGCAAGGAUAAAAUCAAGCGCGCCGUCGAUACAAAGGCAUCCAAGGGCCGGAAGAUGAAGUACAAUGUGCAUGAAAAGUUGCAAAAUUUCAUGGCUCCGGAGGAACGAGGAUCGUGGGGGGAUAGAGCGAGGGAGGAAUUCUUCGCGUCAUUGUUAGGGAGAAGCGCAAGGGAGGUUCUCGGUGAAGACGAUGAAGGCAAAGAUGGAGUGACCAGUGACGACGAGGACGUAGAGGAGGGUGGGCUUAGGUUAUUUAGAAGCUAG